UUUAAUAUUUAUUUUAUUUACUUUUUAUAGUUUAUCAUCUGCUCAAAGAAGGAUAUGAAGUUAAUUUAAUAAAUUGGAGAGGUUCAAAAUACAGCAGAAAUCAUGUUUACUUGUCAUUUAGUGAGGAUGCUUAUUUUAAUUUUGAUUUCCACGAAAUGGCCAUUUAUGACUUCAGAGCAUGUCUAUCUUCCAUCUAUGAUAGAACAAGUGAGAAAGCAAUAUAUAUUGGCUAUGGUAUGGGUUCUACUAUUAGCUACGUCUAUUCAAGCUUAUUUCCCGAAGAGUCUACCACUUAUCUCAAGGGAAUGAUAUCUCUGGGACCAUUUGCAACGAUAAAUAACAUAAGGUCAACUCUAAGGCAAAUUGUCCCAAUUUGGCCUAUUAUUAGACCUAUUUUCAAAAUCAUUUUUGGUAACUAUUUUCCACGGGUUAACACCUUUGUGGAAUUUUUUUCUUCUACUCCGGAUAGAUGGUUUAUAUUGGAUUUGGUGGAAAGGGCUCCUGUUAUUGGUCCAGAUUUUGAGCAAAUAGAUCCGCUCUACAAACCAGUCCAAUCUUUCCUUUUUGACGACAGUAUUCCAAUAGGAAUUAUUGAUCAUUUUGCUGCAAUUGGCAGAGCAAAAAGUUUUAUCCAAAAAGAUUAUGGAACUGAGAAAAAUAUGGAAAUAUAUGGUAGUAAAACUCCUCCUGUUUAUGAUCUCUCAAAAAUAGUUGUCCCUGUAGCUUUUUUUCUAGGAAAACAGGAUUAUUUGGCUGAUCCUGCUGACGCCAUCUAUAUUUAUGGAAAUAUAACCAACGACAACGCCCAAUGUGGAUAUACUUUCAUUAAAAGAGAUAAAUGGAACCACGGUGAUUUUAUUUGGGCAAAAGAUAUGGUAGAACUGAUGGUUAAACCAGUUAUGGAAAAAAUAAAUCAAUUUGAAAAUGGAAUUUGUCAAAAAUAUUAAAUAAUAGUUAUUUAUGUACCAAGUCAGUAUCGAACUAGUCUUAGAUUAUGAGCCGAGUUCGAUAAAGACACUUUGCUCACGUGGUCUAUAAAAACUUUUAUCUACAACCGUAAAUAAUUAUAAUUAAUAAAAAAACAAGAUAUUAUAACAUCACAUUUUAGUCUGACAAAUUAAAUAAACAGAAAAAUAUCAGCGAAUAUUUAACAAAUUGUAAUAAUAUUUAUUAAUUAUUUAAUAUUUUUAGUUAUUUAUUUUAUUGGAGCGAAUUUAUAAUGAGAAAUAAAACAAUAAAAG